UGUAUAAGUACUGUCGCAUCGCUAUAUAUUUCCAUUUUAACUUCUGUUCUGAUACCUCGUUAACUGAAAAAAUGAAGCAAUUUUUAUUUUUGACACUUUUCUCAUUUUUGGCUUUUGAUGGUGUUUUCAUCAAAGAGGCUAUGGGUCAAACUACUUAUCAGCAAGUAAUUGAUACUUUUCAAUUGAACUCUCACGCUGGAAUUGAUUGGCCAUCCCGACUGGAACCUGUGUUCUCACUCGAUACAGGCCUUGCAUAUAUAUAUAAUGCUAUUUUAGAUUCAUUGACUAACUGCACUAUGGAUCAAGAGGUACUCGCGCUGCGCGAUGCUGUGAAGAAUGUACCAGAACUUACAGAUUACCUUUCGAAUAAUGCCGAAAACGCAUUCAAUAAUUGGAAACAAGAAGGACACAGUGUAAGAGCAGCAACUGAAAGUAUUCUUAGUUCUCAGUUCUACAUAUUGACCAAUUUUCAAAAGAAAUGUGAAACUGCUUAUUUGAGAGCUUUGAAUAAAGUGCAAUUAGAGGUGCCGAAUUAUUCACAAAAAUACCAAAAUAUUAGGAAAAAUCUUAGGGCAGCCAACAAAGCCUUGGAUGACUUCAUCAAACGCCGUGAAAUGUGGGUAAAUUUUUUAAUGGGCUAUGAAUCGGCAUUACAGUAAUAUAAUAUACUGUAAUUUACAGAUAAUAUAUAAUACUUUUCAUAAUCUUAGGGAAAAGUCCAAAUAUAUUAAACAUCUGAGGUACAGUCUCUAAAAAGUUAAAAAAGAAUAAAGAAAGCGAUUUAUAAAUUAUAUUUUUUAUUAAAAAAAAUGUACUUCCAACUCAAACCACAAUAAAUAAUUGCAUGAAAUUGUAA